AUGACCACCUCAGAACAAACUCCUCCUCGGUCGCAGCGGUUCAGGCAUGCCUUUACUUCCCCUUCAGCAUUCCAUGAGGCCUUGAGACUCAAGAGCUCGACGUCCAUCCUCAUCAACGAAGACCUUGCGCCAUCGCCUCCGAGCAGACAGACCUGGACCAUCUGGAACUACUUCGCAUACUGGUGGAGCGAGUCCUGGAACGUGUCGACAUGGUCUGUCGGUGCCGCCUUCAUUACCCUAGGGGCCACCAUCCGCGAUGCGUUGCUUGUGGUGUUCUUCGCCAACCUCCUUUCGGCCGUCGUCAUCGUGCUGAACGGCAGAGCGGCAGCGAGAUACCACAUCGGCUACCCCGUCAUAUCGCGCUCGAGCUUUGGAAUAUACGGUGAAUACUUUGUCGUCGUCCUGCGCUCCAUUCUGGGCAUCAUCUGGGGCGGCGUCCAGCUUUACUUUGAAGGCCAGUUCAUCUCCGUUUGCCUACGAUGCAUCUUCCCGGGCUGGGAGAAGAUUCACAACGGCAUUCCGGCGAGCCAGCAUAUCACCACACAAGUCAUGGUCGGCUUCUUCCUUGCUUUCCUGUUCACCCUCCCGUUUCUCUUCAUCCACACCUCCCGGAUCCAGCAUCUCUUCAGCGUCAAGUCGUUCAUCAUGCCUCUUGCCGCUCUCGGAAUCGUCAUCUGGGCCACGACCCAGAACGGCGGUGUGUCCUCGGGCAGCCUCGAGAAUUCGAGCUCGUCCACCAAGCCAUCGACCUCGGUGUUGGCAUGGGGCAUCAUCUCGCAAUUCAACUCGGUCAUGGGCGCCAAUUCGGCGCUCCUGGUCACCGUCCCCGAUCUCGCCCGGUACUCCAAGACCAAGAACGCUCAACUCUGGGGCCAACUCAUCAGUCUACCGAUCGGUCAGACCCUUUGCGCCGCCUUCGGCGUCAUUUCCACUUCCGCGGUCUUGAACAUGUACGGCCAGGCAUAUUGGAACCCCUAUGACCUGCUCAACGGCAUUCUCGACGAAUCUUAUUCCUCCAAGGCACGUGCCGGAGUCUUCUUCGCCUCCGCGAGCUUUGCCUUCGCUACACUGGGCACCUCGAUCGCAUGCAACUUCAUCCCCUUCGCGGCCGACGUCACCUGCUUGCUGCCCAAGUACAUCAACAUCAUCCGCGGCCAGCUUCUGUGCCUGAUCAUUGCAUUUUCAAUCGUUCCAUGGCGUAUCGUCGCAACGGCCAACGGGUUCCUCAACUUCCUCGGAGGCUACUCCAUUUUCCAAGGCCCCGUCGUGGGGAUCAUGCUGGUCGACUACUUUUUCAUCCGCCGCGGCAAUCUCAAUCUACCCGAGCUCUUCACCCUAUCUCCGCACGGCCGGUACUAUUUCUUCCACGGCUUCAACGUCCGGGCCUUCGCCGCGUUCGUCAUCGGCUUCCUCCUCCCUCUGCCGGGCUUCGCGGCUAGUUUCGGCCACGACAUCGGUGUGGCGGCCACUCACAUGUAUGCCUUGGGAUGGGUGUUGAGCUUCCUCAUGGGGUGUCUGUUGUACUAUGUCAUCUGUUCGAUCUGGAAGAUCCCCGGCGAUGACGGCAGCUACGGCUUUGAAUCUCAAGUGGAAACGGCGAAGCAGAUCAUCGUUGAGGGGCUCCAUGUGGAUGACGAGGGUGUUCACAUUAGUGCUGGGAUGCAGGAUUCGAUGGUGCCGACCAAAGAUGCUCAUGUAAUGGAGAAGAUGGCCUAG